AUGGAACAUCUGGAGGUUAAACUAAAGCUGCGCGAGUACACCCGAUCGGAAUCUGAGCUGGGCCUCUCCAGGGACGCAACACGUUGCUCGGUGGCUCGCUCGCCGCACCACAAAGCUCUUGCGCACAGCUUCCGCUACAUGCGCAACAAGCCGCCGAUCAUCGCCUUCAAGACGCCCAGCUUCGACGACUGCGAGCGUAGGCGCUCCCACGACAGUAUACUCACUAUUGCAAGAAGACGUCUUUCCAAGAGUCUGUCACCAGAUAAGGAUACGGAAGCACAAAAUGAGACAGUAAACGCAAACGUCGUCACAUCGGAAUGUACUAACGAUGACAAUAUGGACGACUAUCCUAUUGGAAAACCAUUGGAGAUCUACCUGGAUGGUCCGUACGGCGCGGCAUCGUCUCACAUCUUCCGCGCGCAGCACGCGGUGCUGAUCGCGGCCGGGAUCGGCGUGACGCCAUUCGCGUCCAUUCUGCAGAGCGUGAUGCGACGGCACCGCGCCGCGCGCACGCCGUGUCCGCGCUGCGGACACUCCUGCCCGGUGCCGCUGCCGCACCGCCACAUGGCCCUCAACAAGGUGGACUUUUUCUGGAUAAACCGGGAGCAGCGGUCAUUCGAAUGGUUUGUGUCGCUGCUGUCGCAGCUGGAGAUGGAGCAGGCGGAGCUGGGCGAGCAGCGGUUCCUGGAGAUGCACAUGUACAUCACCAGUGCGCUGCAGCGGCACGACAUGCGCGCUGUUGGCCUGCAGCUGGCACUUGACCUGCUGCACGAGAAGGAGAAGCGGGACCUAAUCACAGGGUUGAAGACGCGUACGAACGCGGGACGGCCCAACUGGGACAAGGUGUUCCAGCGGCUGCAGCAACAGCGCCACGGCAAGGUGACCGUGUUCUACUGCGGGCCGCCGCAACUGGCACGAGUGCUACGCCGCAAGUGCGCGCUCUUCGCCUUUGACUUCCGCAAGGAGGUCUUUUAA